AGAUGAAAAUAGUUUUAGUAUUAGCAGCGGUGGCCUGCGCGUAUGCGGCCGCAGAACCCGCCAUAAACGAAGUUAGACCAGUUUCAAAUAGGCCGGGAAGGUUCCUUUCCCUACCGGUACCUCAAAAAUGCGCAAACCGACCGAAGCAAUUCUUCUUCAGGGGACACAAUUAUUUCUUCAGCGGUAGCAUACCCGAAUUGGCCAACAGGAAAGUCGACUGGUUAGACGGCAGGAAUAUCUGCAGGGAGUACUGCAUGGAUCUCGUUACCUUGGAAACACAGGAAGAAAAUAACAUGAUCUUCAGACUGAUACAACAAAACGAUGUUCCGUACAUCUGGACAUCUGGAAGGCUUUGCGACUUCAAAGGCUGCGAAAACCGCCCAGAUCUCGAGCCCAAGAACGUCUUCGGUUGGUUCUGGUCCUCCAACCGUGAAAAGAUUCAGCCCACGAAUCGUACGCCCAACGGUUGGAGCUACAACCCGUGGUCCCAAACCGGCCACAAAAAGCAAAGGCAGCCCGACAACGCGGAAUUCGACAUCAACAGCACGACCGAGUCCUGUCUAUCGAUCCUCAACAACGUCUAUAAUGAUGGUAUCGCGUGGCACGACGUCGCCUGUUAUCACGAGAAGCCCAUCGUCUGCGAGGAUUCCGACGAGUUGUUGAAUUACGUGGCGUCCACCAAUCGCGGACUUCGCUUGUAGAUUUGAAUUCGGGACUU